UGGAAUUUUGGGUUUACAUUGCUUUGGUUCAUUAUUGUGUGUAGACCAAAAAGAAGGAGUAAGAAGAAGCUGAAUGAAAAAUUGAAAAGCAUCAUGACAAUGACAAAGAUUCCCAGGCGACAUUCGCCACUUUUGUAAACUUAUAUGUACUCGGUCGCUUUUGUUCGGAAUCAUCAAAUCUCACAGGUUAUUGAAGGACCACUUGGACGGCUGUGGAAGAGGCAGAUGCAGUCUUCCUCUCAACUCUUGACUGUCAGUAGAUGCACAUGGGUCAGCAAUCUUUGCCGGCUUAGACAGCUAAGGGACGGAGAAUCCCUUGAAGAUCCAGUUGCCAUGUCAGUCACAGUGCACGAGAAUAGAAAAUCUCGCACCAGUACGGGCUCCAUGAACAUUUCGUUGUUCCACAAGCCCUCUCAUCCAGACAGUGUGCUUACUCACCUCAAUACCUUGAGAAAGCAGCGUAUGUUUACUGAUGUGACUCUUUGGGCUGGAGAUCGUUCCUUUCCUUGUCAUCGGGCUGUUUUAGCUGCCUGUAGUCGCUACUUUGAAGCAAUGUUCAGUGGUGGAUUGCGUGAGAGUCUAGACAGUGAUGUAAAUUUCCAUGAUAGUAUACACCCUGAAGUACUUGAGCUGCUGCUUGACUUUGCUUAUUCAUCCCGUGUUGUGAUCAAUGAGGAGAAUGCAGAAUCCUUACUUGAGGCGGGAGACAUGCUUCAGUUUCAUGAUAUCCGAGAUGCAGCCGCAGAAUUUCUUGAGAAAAACUUGCAUUCCUCCAACUGCCUGGGCAUGAUGCUACUUUCGGAUGCUCACCAGUGUAAACGCCUGUACGAACUAUCCUGGAGAAUGUGUUUAGUGCACUUUGAAGCAGUAAUGGACACCGAGGAUUUUUGUGGACUGUCAAAGGAAAAACUUCUCGAUCUAAUCCUUAGUGAUGAAUUAGAAAUUGAAGAUGAGCGGAUAGUUUACAAUGCUGUCAUUCGCUGGGUUCAUCAUGAUCUGGAUAACAGAAAAGAGUAUCUUCCUGAACUUUUGAGGGGCAUCCGUCUUGCUCUUUUACCUUCAGAAUGCCUGAUUGAUGCUGUUGCAUGUGAGGAGCUGGUUGUUUCUGAUAAAAGGAGCAGACAGAUUGUGGAGGAGGCCAUCCAAUCUAAGAAAAAGAUCUUACAAAAUGAUGGUGUAGUUACCAGUCCUUGUGCCCGCCCACGCAAGGCUGGACAUACACUUCUUAUCUUGGGUGGACAGACCUUCAUGUGUGACAAAAUCUACCAAGUAGACCACAAGGCUAAGGAAAUUAUUCCCAGAUCAGACCUACCUAGCCCAAGAAAGGAAUUCAGUGCCUGUGCUAUUGGUUGCAAGGUAUAUGUGACAGGUGGUCGUGGGUCUGAGAACGGAGUUUCAAAAGAUGUGUGGGUUUAUGACACAGUUCAUGAAGAAUGGUCUAAGGGUGCUCCAAUGUUAAUUGCACGUUUUGGCCACGGAUCUGCAGAAUUAGAAAAUUGUUUAUAUGUGGUUGGAGGGCACACUGCCAUAGCAGGUGUCUUCCCAGCAUCUCCUUCUGUGUCUCUGAAGCAGGUUGAGAGAUAUAACCCGCUUACUAACAAAUGGAGUAUGAUGGCUCCACUUAGAGAUGGAGUGAGCAAUGCAGCUGUUGUCAGUGCCAAGCUAAAACUUUUUGUCUUUGGGGGUACUACCAUUCACCGGGACAAAGCGUCUAAGGUUCAGUGCUAUGAUCCAGUGGAAAAUCGAUGGACUAUUGCUGCAGAGUGCCCACAGCCUUGGCGUUAUACUGCUGCCGCUGUGUUGGGGAGUCAGAUCUUUAUAAUGGGUGGUGACACAGAAUUUACCGCAGCCUCUGCUUACCGCUUCGACUGUGAAACCAACCAAUGGACACGAGUUGGAGAUAUGACCUCUAAACGCAUGAGCUGCCAUGCUGUGGCUUCAGGAAAUAAGCUGUAUGUAGUUGGGGGCUACUUUGGCACCCAGCGAUGUAAGACUUUGGACUGCUACGAUCCCACAUCUGAUAGCUGGAAUAGUAUAACAACAGUGCCUUACUCACUUAUUCCAACUGCUUUUGUCAGCACAUGGAAACACCUGCCUGCUUGACACCAAAGGUUACGUGAACAUGGUAGAAAGCAGAUUAAGUACUUUGGUUUUGAUCAACUUGCUUCUAAAAUGUGGUGAAGGAAGAUUCCAAAUAAAGUGAAGACUUUUGGGGUGGAAGACCUGCGACAGAACAAUCAGAGUGCCUUUUAGUGUGUCUUCCAGCCACCCACCAUGUGAGAAGAGGUGCCAUGAAAAGAGUGACUUUGAGCAUAGUUUGCUGUAGUUAAGCACAAAUGUAAAUGGACAGUUUCCAAUGUAUUUUUUGCCAUAUUGGUGAGGUUUUUUUUUUUUUUUUUUGUAUUAGCUGGACUGAUUAAGGAAUUACCAUAAUGGUAUCCUCCAUUUCCUAAAACAAAUAAUUAUAUUAUAACCACUUAUUGAGGUUAUAAUCUGAUGUUUCAUUCAAACCUUUGGAAAAUUCUAACAUUGUUAAAAACUAAAAUCUAACUGGUUACACACAAAAUAAAGCUUCACGUAAUACUUUAUAUACCAAGAGGGCUGUUCCUCCAAUGAUCUUGGUGAUAUACAGACUUCAAUGAAACAUUUGAUAACAGAAGAUCAUGGCCACUUUAGUCAUUUGUGAACUAAUAUAGCACUUUUUUUUUUUUUUACAGUUAGCACUGUGCACUUGGCCCACAUGAUCCUUCCAUUUUUUCACACGACUUUACAUUUUUCUCAUCUCCGUAGCAGUUUCCAUGCAUUCUUCAAUUUAAUUGACACAAUUGCAGAAAUGCUACAUAGUUCAUCAGUAAAGACAUAUCUUCCAGCAGAAUUCAAAUCAAGUUUAUCCAUCUCUGCAAUUAAAUAAUUUGUCAGAAAUGCAAUUUAAAAGUGUCUCUUUCCAUCUGAAAGAAAUCAGGAGGUGGAAACAUUAUGCAUACUUAAUUGGACAUUGUAGUGGGUGAAGGAACAGACAUAAACCAAAACAGAGAUGUUUUGUGUUAUAUUUUUGUUCCAGACUUCUCAGCUCCUGUGGAUUAAUGUUGUAGAUGAUAAAAUAAAUUAGCAUAUCCUGCUUAUGUGGAAAUCUGUGAAUCUACAUGUAAAUGUUUCAAGUAUAAACUAUGAUGACUGAGUGGUAUGUGUCAGCUGGACUGCAAACGACAACCCUGAUGAUGUUCAUAGUCACUUGAAAUUGACAGAUGGUCAAUUCAGCAACCUUAGUUAUUUUUAUACAGUACUAUAAUGUAUAUAAACAAAAUAAACCAUGGUAAGGGAGAACAGAAAACCUCUGGGCCUAUCUUAAUAGGUCUGAUCCCCAUCUAUUAGGUGAGGUGGAUCACCUACUUUCCCGCAUAAGUACCACAUCACACACAUCCUUUAACUUUAGCCUCUUUAUGUCCACAAACCCUCCGUUUUCUACAUAAUGGCAGUUGUGCUUUUAACAAGACUCUGCACUCAAGUGGCCACUGGCAUGGUGGUCACUUUACAUCCCCUCUCAAAUUCACUACAGACCAAGCCAAUGAACCACUUCUAGGGUCAGAGAGGCUUUCUGCUUUUUGCAGGGACACCAGAUUAGAAUUCUUCCUAGCAGCUUCUAGUGUCUCUGCAUCUUGAGCCAUCUGUUAGCCUUAAAGAAUUAGGUCUCCAAGUCGGCAACCUAGAUAUUGGCACCUACUGAAUGACCGAAUGGUCUCAUACUUCCUUUCUGGGACAGCGUGCUCUCAGUCAGAUAGGAGGCGUUGUCACCUCUGACUUUCUCUCUUUGGAUUCACUCUGUCUCUCUUUCUUUAUAUACUGAUAGCCCUGCCUGUUGCUCUCAAAGGGCACAUGCAAGUCAUACUGUCAGUCCUGCACUUCUACACUGGUAUCUGGUGGAGCACUUACUGCUAGUCUGGUGCUCUCUCUGGCUUGACAGGAGAUUUCCUGUGAGCCAUAACCAUCACCUGUAUUGUUAUUACUCCUGGGAAUCUCUUGCCAGCUGGACACCCAUUCAUAAAAAAAUAGUCAUUUUAUUCUGCCUGUCAUGAUGAGGUUUACAGUAGCAAGAGCAUACUGUCCUCAAUGACGUCUUCCAACAUCUCCUGGAGAAUUCCUAGAUGCUACCAAGCAAGAUCAGAGAUCUAAUGCUUCCAGUGUGUCUUGGGUCUACCAACUAGCUGCUCUCUCAGUGGACUGUGCCUUGUACUCCUGCCAAGGGAGGUGCCCAGUAGGCAUCCUAAGUACAUGACCAGAGACAGCACUUCAACUUGUUCCUGUAUGCCUAGAGAAGUGGUGGUCCCACUUUGAGGUGAUCUUCCAUUGCUGAGCUUCUCAACCUGUCUCAAAGAGAUAUACAAUAUUAAACACAUCAUUGUAUUAAAAUCUCUUUUCUGCAAGUUUGAUUGUAGGUUACAGUUGGUGUACUGAAAAGAAAUCUGUCAAUUGGCAUUCUCCAUACUGAUAAAUACAGACAUUAAAAAAUAUAUAUAUAAUAUAUAUAUUCGAAUGAAGAGAUAAUAUAAAAUAAUAACCACAGAAUUUAAAAUUCUCAAUCAAUACCUAUACCCAGCCUACCAAACUAUACUGGUUUGCCUUAAAUAGCAGUAAAUUUUAAGCAGCUUGAAAGGAGAUUCAGUUGAGAAGGGGUCCAAUAGAAAAUGUAACAGACAAAGCAGGAAACCUAGCAGUUCAUUAAUAAGGGGAUCAACAAAUAA